CUAUGGUGACCAGACAAGGGAGUGAAAAGACAGAAACUAAACAAAACAUGAUAAUACAGACAUGACACAAUUAGCAUUAAAUUAGAGCUACUUUGACUAUAAACCAGUCCAAAUGAAAAGAAAAAUCAACACAAAGUGAUUCAAAAGGUUUCUAGGAGGAAGGCUGAUGUUCUUAAUUAAAUGCACCUGUUGGUAAAGGUUCUCUUAGUUGCCCCCCCAAAAAUAUAUCCUUAACUCUUUGUAGUAAAAAUAUAUUAAGUUCCAGUCCAAAUGAAAAGAAAAAAAGCAACACAAAGUGAUUCAAAAGGUUUCUAGGAGCAAGGCUGAUGUUCUUAAUUAAAUGUACCUGUUGGUAAAGGUUCUCUAAGUUGCCCUCAAACAAAUAUUUCCUUAAAAAAACUCUUUGUAGUAAAAUAUAUAAGUUGAGAUGACAAUACAAUUAGUACAGGCUUUUUGUGAAAACAACAUUGAUAAAACAUGCUUAUUUUCCGAGCUAUACUUAGCUUAGCUUAGCUUCUCCAGCUAAUCAGGUCGAAUUAGUUAUCGUGCUAUGCUAACUCACAAGACGUAAUGAGCUUACCUAAUUUUUUGGCUUAACUUGGUUAUGACCAAAUUGUUCUUGUACAAAUGAUAGUCAAUCAACUCCAUUUAUAAGAAAGAUGUGCUUACCUUUUGGUUCAAACAGCUUAUUUUCGUAUCCCAUUAGUCGACAUCUCCUGCAGACAAACCACCUUUGUUAUGGGGACCAGGUGGAAGUGAUUAACUAUACACGGAAGAGGUAUGAGCAGAACAGCGAGUGCAGUACCAGCUACAGCCCGAUGAGGGGGCUGCUGUGCAAAUGUCUUAACACUCAAACUAACCAGUAAACAUGUUUUAUGGGCCAAAGCUUAAAAAUCACUUAGGCAUCUUCAGAAUGGAUCUGACUAUUAUUUAAAAAGGUUUCUCUUUAGGGGACCUGUUUUUUGUCCCCAUACCGUCAAAGGUCCCCUAAAGGUGACUUUGUAAACAGUGCGAUGUCCCCAUUAAGUAAGCAUUGCCAGAACACUUAAAUCUAAAACACAUAAGCGUCUCCAUCAGACAUCCGCACACACACCCUCUAUAAAUGGGGCCACGUUUGCCCCCCAGCAAGCACAGUAAAGUGAGACGACUCCUGUGUUCUGCAUCGGACUGUUUGGGCCUCUCAUUUGAGCUGUCAGACGAGCGCCAAUUGGAGCAGUUUUGUUCCGGUGGCGAAUACGAGAGAUUAGCUUUAGCAGCUUCAAAGCCAAAUAUAGAAAAAGGCAUGCAAGGGAUUAUAAAGAGACAUCAAAGAAUAAAGAUGGAGGAAUACAUUAAGGCGUAGUCUCGUCUUCCAUCUUUCCUUCAUGACCUUUUUUUUAGACGACUUAAAGAGGAAGAGGAGGAGGGACGGAUGCUCCAUAUUGGAAUCUCACACCAAAAGAGGGCAAACAAGACCGAAUUGUACGUAAAUUGGAGCAAAUCUUCCCAUGAGAAAUCCUGUAAACCUAAUCAGUCCAUUCCCAAAAUUUUGGGCGAGUAGAGAGUAUGGGAGCCACUUUAAUAUUUUGUAAGUUUUUUUCUUGAAUACAAAAGUGUUUCUAGUAAGGUCAUCUUAUGGGAUAUUUGGCAAAUCUGGGAACUAAAUCGUUACCAAGAAAUCUCUUCACCAAUGUGUUUAUAAAGGUGUCUAGUAACAUGUCCUAAAAAGUUGAAAUUCAACUCCUGGGGGAAAGUUCGUAAAAAACUGCACAAAGUCAGGUACCAUUAACCGAUUUUCGAAAAUUCGAAAAUGCUUAAAUUGGCCUUAAGUAACUUGUGAGGGGUCAAACUAGGGGUUCUUCAGUAUUAUGAGUUCAUUGCAAGUAUUUAUUUUUCACCAAGACCACUCCCUGGUGGAAAAAUGGCCACACUUCCUUUCCUCAUCCCGACAAUGCCCCCUAAUAAUAAAAUAAAAAAGAUAAUAGUUUAUUCUUUAAUGUUUGACCUGAUGAAUGGGCCAAGUCAGUGUUUAGUGAUGGUUGCUGUAGUUGAUUGGCAUUUCAAUGUGAGGACGUUAUGAGUUUAACAUUAGCACCAAACAUGCACCAAAACUACAAAUACUGCUACCUUAAUGGCAGGAACGAAGAUGGCAUCCUUGAUACAUCUGGCACUCUUGAUACCAUUGUGGAAGAAUCAGAUGAUCAGAUCGAUGAUGAGGUUGCAGUAGAUGCCGCACUUGAGGAUAUAUCAGUUGCGACAGCUAGUGAAAGUGAUCAGGUGGUCUCCAUGGGUGUUGAUGAAGCAAGCAAUGCAGUCACUCAGUUUGUUGGUGACAAUAUAGACUUAAACAUUGUCUCUAUUCAUGGAAACACUCCCUUGCAUUCCAUGGGUUGGAUCAAAGUAAUCUCUCCGGCACCACCUUUGCCAGAUCCGCGGACAACAGCAGCUGUCCAGAGGGUAAAAUUGAAGGCCCUUGCCAAAGCUAAGCUCCUGAAGCAAGCUGAAGUGAAUAUUCUUCCAUUCAUGAACAUGAAACAGAAGGGAAUAAACUCCAUCACGUUUCUUCCCAUUGAUGAACUCUCCUCCUCUUUGAUACAUAGCCAGCCACUCUUCACACUGGGUGAUAUACUCUGGGCAGCAGGGUGGGUGAUCAAAGCUCAGGAUCCUGACUUCCCACACACCAACUGGAAUGGAUGGAUGACGAGUAUCCAUUCAGAUAAUGUCAAGCAGAGCACACAGAUUGAUUUUCUCCCAGUCAUCGAUGGUGACCCUAAUGACCAUAACACCAUCUUCACCACUCUCAAAGAGUGCAUCCGGCUCUCUGCAGUCAAGGUCACUAUAGUGACGUUCGAUCUUCUGAUUUGGCUGAAGGCUGUGGAUAUUAUUAAGCAGGCCAAUCUACCCAUCAUUCCGAGGUUGGGCGGGUUUCAUCUGCUGAAGUUCUACCUUGGAUCCAUUGGUAACAUCAUGGAGGAUUCUGGACUACUAGAGCUGAUCCAGCUGAUUUAUCCGGGGAGUACGGCAGCUAGCCACAUCCUGGAUGGAGGGUGUUUUGACAAGGCAAUCCGUGCUCACCUCCUCAUUAGUGCAGCCAUGUAUCAGCACAUCAUGAAACAUGCCUUCACUGAGGAGGAGCUUGUUGGAAUGAGGACCUUUAUGGAGAUGGUAGCUGAUGGGAAGAUGGGAGCCAGUCACACAGAUCCAGUGGUGGUACUGUUUGAGCAGAGAUUUGAAGAAACCUUCAAAAGACUCGCCAAAGGGGGACGAACACCUGCACUCUGGGUGCAGUACCACCACAUGAUAAAUGUUAUUAAGCUGUUCAUCCGAACUGAGCGGCUUGCAGACCACGAUGGGCACCUGCAGAGCCGGCCCAAGGCAUAAGCGUACUAAGCGCUUGCUUAGGGCCCUGCGGCCACCAGGGGGCCCCCAAAAGCAAUUAACAAAAAAUUAUUAUUUUUUAUUUUUUGCAUGUAUGAGUCUGACUGAUGAUUUCUAAAUGAUCAAAGAUAUAUUAUUGUACAAAAACACAAUUUUAGGUCAACAGAGUGCUGCUGCUGAUCUAGGCAUAGUGAUUCUUCCUACCUCUCUUUAAAUGUAAAGCUGCCUCUGCUGCACCUGUGACGUUUGCCGCCUGCCGUGCAAUGCCAGUGCGCACUGGGCAUCAAAAGCGCAGAUAGAGGCAAAACAAUGUCACAAAAAAGGACAUAUCCUUCAGGUGCAGAAAAAAGGAAGAAGAAGAAAGUGGAAGAGGAGAAAAAAUGCCAUGAUAAAGGUAUGUUUGCAUGACUUGGUAAUAAAAAGUUUAUCAAAGAGAUUUGUAGCUGUAAUUAGCUUUAGCUAGGUGACGUUAGCUAGCUAGCGCGGUGCUAGCAAUAUGUUUUUAGCAUCAGGUUACUAGUGAGAUAUGUUGUUUGCACAAAUUGUUUGCAGCAGAGCACGGUAAUUUAUGUGAGUAAAAUAAACAUUAUUUUUUACAUCAACUCAUAAGUUAUGUGAAACUUCCCCAGGAGCAUUGUUAAAAUACUUUGGAGGCACAGAAUCAGCCCAGAGCCAGUCCACAUCCUCAGGCUCAACUGUGAGUGAUUAAUCAGGUCCAUCUCCAUCCUCUACAGUGCUCUCUCACACACCUCCAUCCUCUGUGCCCACUGUCCCCUCCAUGUCUGAAACCACAGCUGAUUUAUCUAGUCCUUCUUUUUUAGUCAUUGUAUAUAUUCCUCAGCAACUUCCACCACAACGUCCCCUUCACACCAUGGACCAUCAUCAGCUCCGCCAGUUGACCCAGCUGAGUGGCCUUCUUUUCUCUCAGAUUCAGACAGGACUGAGCAGGUGAUCAGAGGACCACUGUCUAUUAAGGAGAACUUUUCAUUCCCCAAACGGCAUGAUGGCCGAAGUUUUCAUUAUCAUUAUACCUACAGACAGCUAGUCAAUGGGGAAAAAGUCAAGCGUAGCUGGCUGACUUAUUCAAGAAGUAAAGAUGCAGUCUAUUGCUUUUGCUGCAAAUUAUUUUCCAAAAAGUCCUUAAAACUGGCAGCCGAGGGACAGCGGGAUUGGGUCGACAUAGGUGCACUGCUGAAACAGCAUGAAAACAGUGAAGAUCAUUGUAGCAACUUGGUGAAAUGGAAGGAAUUUGCCUUGUGUCUUUCAAAGGGGAAAACUAUUGAUGAAUUUAACUUCAGUAGACUGCGCUCUCUUUGUACAAAGUAAACAUUAAAUAUGAACAAUUAACUAAAAAUAUAAAUUAGUAAUUAAAGACUAAUAUGUACAAGACUGAUGAGACAAGAUGACACUUUUACUGUAAAUACAAAGCUUUAUCACUUGGACUGUUCAACCCCAGGCCACUCUUGUAGCUGAAUGUUUUCUACAUUUUAAGAUUAGGAACCAUAUGUGGCACUCUGGACAUCAUUCGUUCAUUCAUUGGUAUUAUUUAUGUUCUUAACUGGGCCAUCCCCAUAUCUUUAUAAAUGACAUGUCAUUUGUAAAGACAUGCCAGGCUGUCAAUAGGAUAAUGUAAACAACACUGCCAGAGCCGCAAUGAGUUUAUAGUAGGUGUGUGAAUGAUCAACAAUCAAUAUUAUUGGCAGAAAUAGAGGGCCCCAAAAUCAAAUUUUGCUUAGGGCCCCAUGGAGGCUUGGGCCAGCACUGGGCACCUGUCCUGCAUUGCUACCUGGAUGCUGGACAUCUUUGCAGCUGCAGGCCAUCAUCAGUAUGCCAAAGGUGCACGGCUGUACUGUCAACUGAUGAAGGAACUGGAAACUUUGCCUGGUUACAAGCACAGCCUUCGCUCCGUGUCUACCUACAGACUCGGGACUGGCUCCUUCUACAGAGCAUGUCUCUGGACCCCAGUGACUAUGGAUGGACAAUAGGUGUUCAUGGUUAUGAGCCAGUUCCAACUCUAGACCCCAUGGCUCCUGAAGAGCUACUCCAGUUCACAAGCUGCAAUUGCCAUGGAGAUUGCAGCAGCCGGCGAUGCAGCUGCAAAAAGAAUAGCGUCAAGUGCAUCUUGUGGAGUCUGUCAAGGCAUUACCUGCAAGAAUGCUAUUCAUGGUGAUUGCAUUUAUGAUGAAUACUCAGAGGCAGACAUUGACUCAUAAA